AUGGCUGAAGGAAAAGUACUUACAGGCGCUGGAUUGCGCGGUCAAGUUGCAGUAGGUAAGAGUGGCGCAGGCUUAACUUAUCGUGGUUAUGAUGUGCAAGACCUUGCAGAAAAUUGCCAAUUUGAAGAAGUCGCUUAUCUUAUUUUCUUUGGUGAAUUGCCUACAGCAGAACAGUUGGCGACAUAUAAAGCCAAAUUAAAAUCACUUCGCCAGUUACCGCAAGCUUUAAAAGAAGUGUUGGAACGUAUUCCUGCUGAUUCACAUCCAAUGGACGUGAUGCGUACAGGGGUUUCAAUGUUAGGAAAUCUGGAAACUGAAAAAUCAUUUGAUCAACAGCAAGAUGUGGCAGAUCGUAUUCUUGCAACUUUGCCAGCGAUCAUUUGUUAUUGGUACCGUUUUAGUCAUGAUGGUGUACGUAUUGAAGAAAAUACCGAUGACGAUUCAAUCGGUGCACAAUUCUUGCAUUUACUACGUGGCGAAAAGCCAAAUGAAUUACAUGAACAAGUGAUGAAUGUUUCAUUAAUUCUUUAUGCUGAGCAUGAGUUUAACGCGUCAACAUUUACUGCACGUGUCUGUGCUUCAACAUUAUCUGAUAUGCACUCGUGUAUUACUGGUGCAAUUGGUUCACUGCGUGGACCAUUGCAUGGCGGCGCAAAUGAAGCUGCGAUGGAAAUGAUUGAAAAUUGGACGUCACCAGAACAAGCUGAACGUGAAAUGCUGGGUAAACUUGAACGUAAAGAAAAGAUCAUGGGCUUUGGUCAUGCGAUCUAUAAAGACAAUGAUCCACGUAAUGGCAUCAUCAAAAUUUGGGCUGAGCGUUUAGCAAAAGAUGUUGGUGAUACAGUGCUUUACCCAGUAUCAGUACGUUGUGAAGAAGUGAUGUGGCGUGAGAAGAAGUUGUUCUGUAAUGCGGAUUUCUUCCAUGCAUCUGCAUAUCAUUUCAUGGAUAUUGCAACAAAAUUAUUCACACCAAUCUUUGUGAUGUCUCGUGUUACAGGAUGGGCCGCGCAUGUAAUGGAACAACGUGCUGACAAUCGUAUUAUUCGUCCAAGCGCGGAUUAUACUGGUCCAGAACUCCGCAAAGUUGUACCAAUCACUGAGCGCUCUGCGGCGUAA